AUGAAGUUUUUUGCAACAUUAGCUCUCUUGACGGCAGCUAUAUCGUUAACCGUUGAUGCAGCACCCACCUCAUCAUCCGUAGUCAAAGUUAACUUGAUGAAAAAUGAUCUACCCGAAUAUUUUACUUGGCUGCAAAAGUCAAGGAUCAAUAGAAAUCGUGCACUAUUGAAAUACUCAAACAAUAUUCGAACAGCCUAUAAUCACGGGUUAGUUGGUCAAGAAGCCAUCGUAAAAUUAGAAUCUGCUUCCGCCCCAGAAAUACCAAUAGUACCAGUGAUACCGGAAGCGAUAAUCCAUUAG